AUGGGUUUCGAUUCGCCUAACAGUUCAAAUGAUUCCAGGUCAUCUGGUAGGAGUAUACAAAGCAGAAUUACAGCAGGGCCGCCUCCUGUGUUCGGAACGUUGGUUCCAGUAGCACCAUCCACUUCUACAGCUGGUGGUGGUAAUGGCGCUCCCCAACCCACAUCAGAUCCAUUCACAACAAAUCCUGGCCCAUCUAGCCAGGCGAAUAAUUUACAGGCCUCGACUCAGGAUCCCGCCCCACAGCAAGUUGAUGAUAGUGUUGUUCAAGGAGAUCAAACAGGGGCUUUAUCGAACUCUUCUGGAGCCUAUAUACCCCCGCACCUAAGGACAGGAACACAGAGUCGCACUCAAGACUCAGUCCAGGCUUCUCACCCGCCUCCGAAUGGCAGAAACAACAGAAGACCACGUGGACGUAGACAGCCGUGGGGCGAUAGGGGGGGUCAUGGCCCAAAUAACCCCCGAGGAACCGGCUCUACGGACGUGAAUAAUGGUUUUACUAGAAAUCCAUUUCCCGUACGAGACCCUGGCAAUAGCCCCUUUACCGCUAAUUCCACAUGGGACAGAAAUCGGUUUCUCAAGGGCGAUGUCAUCUCCAUACCGUAUCACGAGCCGAACGUGGACCCUAAUUUAACGCUCAACGAUGAGCCAGGCAAGACAUGUCUCCGCUCAACAAACCAGGGAUAUGUAUUCACAAAACGACGCAUGUUUGUGAUUCUCUACAAACACAAACAAAUCAUGGUUUGUCUGCCAUUGACGUCCAAGGGCAGUCGGGGACUCGCCUCCAUUCCCACCCCCUUCAGGAACGAGAGUGUUUGCCUUUGGGAUCGUGGAGCGCCGGAUUACGAAUCCUUCGAACCCCAAGGCCAGUACAGUCCGAUUGAAUUCAACAAACUCUCCCGUAACUCGGAUAGUCUCGGAUCUGACACUACCAUCAACCUGACCAAAGUCGUGUCAGCUUCAUGGCAACUCGAUAUGUGGCAUGUGGGGAGAUUGACAAGGCUCGGAUACAACAGAAUCAUGAGAUACCGCAAAGUAUUAGUCGAUGCUGCCGAAGCGGAGGCUCCUCUUUGGCUGGAACGAGAUGGUCCAGCAACAACUCCCUGA